AUGGAUGUCGAGCAGAUUCUCGAGGCCAUUCCCGAGCUCAGUGACCUAGAAUUAGCGGUGUUGCUGGGCCUCGUCGCAAAACACCCAUGUCUCGUCUACGGCGAUAGAAACAUAAUGGGCGCUUUGGCGUCAGAGUUAGCACUGAUCGUCUCCGACAUCUUCAAGUUGACCUAUGUCGUACUGGAAGAGGCCGACUAUGUCUCAGUCGACACUUUCACCGACGCUAUACUUGACGACCAAUCGGCAAAUCUCAACGAGUCGGACCUUGACAGCGACAGUGAUGCCGUUGGUGCUUUGCGCUCGCGCAUCCAGAAUGUCAGCUUCCGCGGGUCGCGUGGUCAUAUCGAACAGACGCUCGAUACCCGCAUGGUCGUGAAUGUCAUCAUCGCGAAAGACUUCAACCAGGCGUGCCACGAUGUCCAGAUCCAGAUGAUGGAGCUUAUUCGCCGGCGGAGAAUCUUCAGCAAAACUACUGUCCAUCCUGCGCCGAAGACCUUUCUCUUUCUACCAAUCAUCUCCACGGAUCAGAAGCACAUUCGGCUUAACCAUCAUCUGACCGAUCGUCUCUUCCUGUCUCAUUCUCAUACUCUCGACGAUGGCUUCCCCAACGUUGAAGAGCUGGAGAACGAUGUUGCAGGCCACAGAUCGGAUCUGUCUAAGACUUCCUCUGACCGCCUUCAUAUAUCGAGUGAGGUCCUGGACGAUCUCCGUCGCCUCGGACAACAAACCACCAUCACGCCUGAGGUUCGCCGACACCUCCAAGAUCUAGUCGUAUUCCUCCGAUUGGAACGGGGGGUCGAUGGCGGCAUUACACCUUACAGCAACGUCUGCUUUGUGAGUCUGGCGAAGUACUUGGCGCCUCUUCACGGAAUCGACUUCGUAACGCCAUCUCUCAUCGAGCUCGCAGCCAAGAAAAUCUUUCCGCACCGCUUGGUCAUUGCACGCCCUGACAGAGAGCGAAGCACUCAAUUUGGCAGCAACGGCGAGGCAAUCAAAGACUACGUAAAUACACUCUCUCCCGAAAGGGUUAUCGACAUGGUGAUAGCUAAAGUGCCUGGUCCGAUAUGA